GGUGAAGAGCUGCUGCCACACGGGAACGGAGGGAGCAAGCGCUGUGGAGGAGCAACGCCAGCUCCAGACGCCGUCUUCCCGUCAAGUGACGGAUUCGGCGUAGGGGGGGAUAAUCAACACCUGCCCAAAGAGGCAAUCUGCUCCCCCAAAGGGGCCGCUGCCCAUAAAGGAGGGCCUGCCAACGCGUUUGUGUCGCGUUGCACACGCGUUGCCCCCUUGUCGUAUGUUCCCCGUGCUUUUUUCGCGUCACCGCUUCCUGCCUUGCUUGCUUGCUUGCUUGCUUGCUUGCUUGCCUGCUUCUUCUGUUUCACCCGCGUCGCUCAUUUGGCGUCGCGUCGCGUCGCGUCGCCACAGGCUGCUGUGUCUUUCUCCAGAGCUCCGCACCCGGGCCGAUCGUCCCAAAUUGGCGUGGGCGGGCCGAUCGACGCGGUUUUGUCACGUGCGCACGCGGCGCUUUUUGCGCGGGGUUUUUCACCGUUCCUGCUGCUCUGACGAUGACGAAAGCGGCCCUGGCAAUUGCCGUCCAAGAGCGAGCCAGGCCUGGUCUAGCGAAGAGGUGGGCUCAAUAUACAACAGCGUUAACCGUUGGUGACCGGGGUCUCCGUCGAUGCCGUCGUGUGGGGUUGCGGUUUUUGAGGGGUGGUGUUGCUUGUGUUUUUUGUGUUGCUUGUGUUGCUUGUU